AUGUCACAGGCGAACAGGCUUGAGCAUACGCCACAGCACAACGGAGCUGCUGCCAAAAUCCCCAAAGGCACCUACUCAGCUACCCCGUCCAUGAUGUUCGUGGAGCAGGCAGGAACAUCGAGAUCAGGCACCCCAGGCUCGCAACAAUCAACCUCCCCGGCGCCUGAUCAGCAGCAUCAGCCCGAGUACUCACUGGAGCAGCCCCUGCCCCUCUUCCAGGCUGUCAGGCGCUUCCCCAAGGUGGUCAUGUACUGCAUGGGCAUCACGCUGGCCGUCAUCGGGUGGGGCUACGACCUGGCCGUCGUCGGGGCCAUCCCAGCCGUCGAUCCCUUCCUCGCCGACUACGGCUCCCCCAGCGAUGCAACGCCCGGCGGCGAGCUCAUCGUGCCGGCCCACUGGCUGUCACUCUGGCUGGCCCUGCCUCCCGUCGCCUCGGCCCUUGGCGCUGUCGUCGCCGGCUGGUUCGGCAACCGCGCCGGCCGCCGCGCCAGCCUCAUGCUGGGCUGCGCCGUCUCGUCCCUCGCCGUGGCCGGCAUCUUCUCGUCGAACCGGCUGCCGACGCUGGACGGGCGCAGGGCCCUCUUCACGGCCGCCAUCUCGCUGCAGGGCUUCUCGGUCGGCGUGAUCAAGACGACCUGCGUGACCUACGUGUCCGAGAACGCACCGACGGCGCUGCGCGGACCCGCCAUGGGGCUGUUCCCGACCUUUACGCUCGUCGGGCAGCUCAUCGGGGCGGCCACCGUGUUCACAAUCAGCAGGAAGGCGGACAAGGGCCAGGGCGGCGCCGGAUACGCCGCCGCCUUUGCGUCCCAGUGGGCCUUUGCGUUCCUCGUCUUCGCGCUGGCGUGCUUCGCGCCCGAGAGCCCCGCGCACCUGAUCCGCAGGGCCACCGCCGGGAGCGCCGGGGUGAUGGUGGACGAGCUCAUGGAAAAGAAAGCGCUGGCGUCGUGCACGAGGUUGUUCGCGCCCGCGGUCGACGCGCGGGCCGCGCUGCGGAGCAUCGCGCGCACCGUCGAGGAGGAGCAGAAGGCGGCGGCGUCUAGACGUGGCGGCGGCGGGGCCGCGACGUACGCAGCGUGCUUCCGGGGCCCGGACCUGCGGCGCACGCUGAUCGUGGCGCUGGCCAGCUCGACGCCGUCCAUCUUCGGGCUCGACCUGCUCUCCAACGCCAGCAUCUUCCUCAAGUCGGUCGGCAUGGGCUCGAGCACCAGCCUGCUGUUCAUGAUGGCCGGCAUCGUCGCGGGCAUGGCGGCCAACCUGGCGGGCAUCUGGGUAGUGUCGCGCGUGGGCCGCCGGCGGCUGAUACUCACGUCGUUGGCCUUUAUCGCCGUGUGCUGGGGCGCCAUGGGCGUUACGGGCAUCUGGGGGCCUCGGUCGGUCAAGGCAGGCGACGGCGGCGGCCAGGGCGAGGCGGUCGGGAGGCUUGCCUGGGCAGCGGCGGCGUGCAUGAUGUCGGCGCUGGUGGCGGCGGGGCUGGGCUGCUGGCCGGCCAGCUUCGCCGUGGCGGGCGAGACGAGCUCGCUGCAGCUGCGGGCACCGACCCAGGGCGUCGGCGGCGUAGCCACGCAGGCGGCCUCGACGGCCAUGGCGGUGGCGCUGCCCUUCGUCUUCGGCCCGGACGCCGCGGCGCUGGGUCUCAAGACGGGCUUCGUCAUGUGUGGCGUCUCCGUCGCCGGCCUCGCGCUUCACUGGCUGUUUCUCCCCGAGAUGAAAGAUCGCACCAUGGCGGAGCUGGACGCUAUGUUUGAGAUGAAGAUGCCGACGAGGGAGUUCCGGCACUGGAGGGAAAGCGACGAAAGGCGGGAAGAAUGA